UUGGUCACCCUAGCACUGACCAUAUUAGAUUGUGGGGCAGAGUGGACAAAGGUUUGGCAAAUGUAUGAAGUCAGGCAGAAACGUGCUGCUCAAGAUGGAUUAGGGUUCCAUUCCAUCCAGUGGGAAAAAUGAAGGCGUCAGUGUUUCUGAAAGGCGGACUGCUGAUCUCUGCGUCACUGCGUUAUAUUGACUGUAUAUAUAUGACUGGGAGUUACCUGAAGACUCGAACGCGAGACAGACCUGUUGUAGACUAAUAGGGCUUGCCAACAUGUCUGUGAGUGAGACUGAAGCAACGUUUUCUAAAACGGACGAUCGAGAAGCGUUAGCUUUGGAGCUUAAAUGCCCUAUUUGCUUGCAGUUCUUCUCUGAGCCAGUUUCUCUUCCCUGUAGUCACAUCUACUGCUUUGCCUGCCUUCAGACAAUGGGAGAAGGCCUUGACCAACACAGCUGCCCUGAGUGCCAGGCAGAGUACCAGGGAACCAAAGCCCUUGUGAAAAACUUCAAAAUGUGCAGCAUCAUAGAGACUUACAAAGCUACCGCUGGGAAAGUCAACUCCACUGCAAACUCUUCUGAUGUCAGCCAUGUAACAAUCAAAAGUGAUCGUAGCUCUGUUACAGAAGAAUCAAACACAAAGCACCACCAGGACACAGCAAAAGCUGGGGAGAGCCGGGAGGAAAGCUCAGGGUGUAAGGGAAUGAAUGGCAGUGGCAAAGGCAAGAGGGAAAUGGAUGAACCUAAAUUCAGAAUGGCAUCUCAAGUCACUGAGUUGAACCUCAAGUUGGAGAUGGCAGAGAGUGUGCUGAGGAAGGAGAAGGAAUGUGAGUUAGAGCUGACCACUGCUAAUGGUCAGCUGAGAGAGAAAGCAUGCGUACUUUUAGGGCAGAUAAAAGAUUUGGCACAAAGCUACAGCACGCGGGUGAUGCAGCUGAUUGAAGAAGAGGUAGGUCCAGGUGAAGCCAGUGUAGGCAGACGAGUCUGCCAAGCUUCCGAGCUGACAAAGCAGCUGAGACAAGCUGUGCUCCGAGCGGAGUCCCUUCUGACUGAAGAUGAUAAGACUGCAUUUAGUGAUGAGCUAGAGACUCUACAACCACAUAUUCUGGAGUUGAUGGCUAAGCCUUUGGGAGAAGAGGACGACUGUGUUGAAUCAAAAGUCAACUCUGCGCGAGCCUGUCCCAAGCUGGAAGACAUGAACGCUGAGUUGAGGGAACGAUUUGGAGAGAUUCAGCGCUUCCUUCGAAACACCCUUAAUCCUUCAGAGGUGACCUUUGAUCCAGAAACAGCCCACCCAAACCUUGUCCUCUCAGAGGACUUGAAGACGGUGACUUUCAGCGCUGCUAAACAGCCUUACCCAUCCUCUCCUCAAAGGUUCACCAACUUCUUCCAGGUCCUCAGCACCCAGAGCUUCUCUGAAGGUGAACAUAGCUGGGAGGUGGAUCUCGAAGGUUCUCCGUGGAUCAUCGGUGUGUGCUACAGUGGGAAGCUAGCACGUAGUGGGUUGCCCUCGGCUCUGGAAAGCAGCCGGAGCUCCUGGUGUCUGAUGUGGUUCAACAACCUGCUGACAGCCUUUGAGCAGGGUCACGAUGUGCCGCUGAAGAGGACCACAGUCUCACACAGGCUAGAGAUCAGACUGAGUUUCAAGACCCACAGGCUGAGCUUCUACAACAUCAGCCCCAUCAGCGGGAAGACUCAUGUGUACACUUUUAAGGCUAACCUGACUGAACCAGUGCACCUGGCCUACAGGAUGAUGUCAGGGCACCCCAAAGGCCGUGCCACUAUUUAUUCAUAAUCCUAAGUAUAUUUCUAUCAACUAUAUAUUCUUUCCAAAUGUGCUGCAUAGUAGAAAGAGCAAAGUAAUAACAUUUCUUCAUUUGUACGAUUUAAAGAAUUUCAAGUCUUAAUUGUGUCUUGGGAGAAGACACUCUGAUAUCUUUAUUUCUCAGGCAACUUGUUCCAAAGAGUUCAGGAACUCAGAUGGCCCUUCCUGAUCAUCCAUAGGCUACUCGCCUACUUUUGUCUAGCACUUUGGAUGCUCGUUAUGAUAUCAUAUGACUGUUUCAUGAAUGUGGCUGAAUUACUCAUUGCAGUGUGCCUAAAACAUAGUGCUUAAAAUGUUUUAAAAUAAUUUGAUAAAUUACAUUGUUUUGUAAUUAUUGUUCUUUUUGCUUUAGGAUAAUGCACAGUUUAAAGAUAUAAACAAUGUAAAGGGCAUAAACAUUUAAAAAAAUA